AUGUCGUCGUCUUCUCACCGUGGUCGCUCCUUUUGGGCCGCUUUGGCCGUCACGCUCUUUUCUGGUUUCGCUUCUGUUUCUGCUUCGGGCAAACAAUGCCAGCCGGUGCCAACGUACGACUACAUCGUCGUCGGCAGCGGUCCGGGCGGCGGUCUCGUGGCUAGCAAUCUCGCCUUGGCCGGACACAGCGUCCUGUUGCUUGAGGCGGGUACUGACGCUAGCGACGAUGUUGCCACCUCUGUCAAUGCCCUCUCUUACCCCCAAAAUCCCAACUAUCAGUGGUCCUUCUUCGUGAAGCACCACGCCGAUGCCGAGGUCGAAGCCCGGUACCGCCUGCUCACGUGGACGUUGCCCGACGGCACUUACUGGGUUGGCCCCAAGGCCGAUGCCCCAGCUGGUGCAGAGCUCAAUGGUGUUUGGUACCCGCGUGGCGCGACUCUUGGCGGAAGUGCCAUGGUGAACGCCAUGGCCUCGGUUCUUCCCAACGACGCCGACUGGAACAAGAUCGCCAAGUUGGCCGGCGACAAGUCUUGGUCGGCUGAGGAGAUGAGGAAAGUGUUCGUCAAGAUCGAGCAGAACUUGUACCUCAGGUCGAAUGAGUCCAGGGCCGGCCACGGUUUUGACGGUUUUGUGCAGAUGGGCCAGGGCGAUUCCAACUACUACUUGCAAGAGCCUGGCCGUCUCGCCCUGUUGUCUCACCUGGCAGAAGACCUCGUCGGUCACCCCGUGGACCAAGCGGCCGCGCUCGACUACAUUGAGCGUGAUGCCAACUUCCUGGGCGCGUCCAGGGACAAGGCGACAGAGCCUUUUGGUCUCCCGAACCAUUACGACAACGUCGGCCGUCGCUGGACUCCCCGGAAUCUCAUCAAGAGCACCAUGGCCAAGACAUCCAAGUUGACGCUCGAGACCGAGUCCCUGGCCACCAAAAUCUUGUUCCACAAGGGCAAGCCCGGGUGCACGCCCAAGGCCAAGGGAGUCAGCUAUCUCCAGGGCGCUGGCGUGUACGGCGCCACGUGGCAGUACAACAAGGCCACCGCUCCCAAGGGAAAGCGGAUGCGCGCUUAUGCUCGUAAGGAGGUCAUCAUCAGCGGCGGUGUGUUCAACUCGCCCCAGCUUCUCCAGCUCAGCGGUAUCGGCAACGCGAAGCUCCUCCGCUCUCUGGGUAUCCCCGUCCGCGUGGAUCUCCCCGGCGUCGGCGAGAACCUCCGCGACAACCAAGAGCUCCCCGUCGCCGGCCUCAGCCCCGUCAACAUCACCGCCGCCCCGCGCGAUCCGUCAUGGGCCCUUUGCACCUUUGGCGCGCCGGGCGACCCGUGUCUCGCCCAGUUUGAGAAAAACGCCGGUCCGUAUGCCGCGCCGUCUGGCAACAGCGAGUGCUCCUUCAUCAAGACGAAGCACAGCCCCGACGGGAACCGCGACGUCAUCACCUUUGCCCCCCCUGGCGUCUUCCGCGGUUUUUCUCCCCCGGCCAGCAACAUGCUUCCCAUGGACAGCCCCGACACCCUGUGGCGCAGCCUGGCCCGCAUGAACGUCCAGAACAAUGCGGGCUAUGUCCGUAUCAAGUCCACCGACCCCACCGUCAUCCCCGACAUCAACAUCGCACAGUACGAGUCUCCCCGCGCGGGCGACGUCGACCUGGGCGCCAUGAUUGAUGCCGUCGCCUGGGUCCGCCGCAACUUCCUCUCGCUCCCCGCCCCGUACGGUCCUGUCACGCCCACCGAGCCCCCUUGCAACGCCGGCCUCACCGCCGACGGCUACUGCAAGGACCCCGAGGAGGACAGGAAGUUUGUGUACGAGCAGACCUUUGGCCACCAUCCCGUCGGCACCUGCCAGAUCGGCAAGAAGGGCGAGAAGAUGGCCGUCGUCGACAGCAAGUUCAGGGUCUUUGGCGUCAAGGGUCUGCGCGUCGUCGAUGCCAGCGUCUUCCCCGUUGCCCCCGGCGGUUUCCCCGUCCUCCCCACCUUUAUGGUUGGCCAGAAGGGCAGCGACGCCAUCCUCGCCGAUGCCUAA